AUGAAGCUCUCCGUUACGGUCGUUUCUCUCUUCCUUGUGGCUUCAAUGGCGAUGCCGGCUCCUACGCAGCCGAAUCAGAUCCAACGCCGAAUCGAGGCUAACAAUCUUGGUGACUUGUUGAAUAAGGAUGGCUUAGCUGGUGUGGCCAAGACAUUGCAGGAGAGUGUCCAUGUUGGUAGCGUCGAGAAGGGCACGACGGAAGGUCCCUCGACGGCCGGUCAAUAG